AUGGAGGAUUCUAUUGUACCAUCAAGGGCUGGAAGUCCAGAUCCCCUACUCCAGGGAGGACCAUCUGUACAAACUAGGCAAACGAGUAAACGCUCUGCUCAAGCCCAGUUUACGAGACACAUGCAGGAGUUUUUAGAUACCCAUGAGGCACAAAUGAGGUAUCUUGGUACGGCAGGACAAGCAAUGUGGCAGCAGCUACAAAACCUCCAAGAACAAUUGCAAGGGAGUGGGCAAAUCCUAGAUAAGAAAGCACGAUCAGAAGCCAUUGCAACAAAGCAACAUCUCGAAUCGCUCUUCGAGCUCGUCGCAAAUAUUCGACAAGUACAAGAAGCCGCACGAGCCGCCGACCAUGAGGUUCUGGAGC